GUCAUUUCAACUGUCAUUCUUCUUUCCUUCAAUUUUUAUGAUAAAGAAAAUAAUAUUCAUUUCAAUUUGUUUAUAAAUAAUAUAAAUUUUACAACCAAAAAAUGACUCGUCACGCUCGAAAUUGCACAGCCGGAGCUGUCUACACUUACAACGAAAAGAAAAAAGACGCUCAAGAAUCUGGCUAUGGAACAAACCAUCAACGAAUUGGCAAAGAUUCGGUAAAAAGUUUCGAUUGUUGUUCAUUGACUUUGCAACCAUGUCGAAAUCCUGUCGUCACAAAAGAUGGUUAUUUAUUUGAUAAAGAAGCAAUUCUUCAAUAUAUUAUCACGAAGAAAAAUGAAUAUAGUCGUAAGCUAAAAGAAUAUGAAAAAUUAAAGAAAUCUGAAGAAUUAGAAGUGUCACAAGAAAUUUCGAAAAAACAACAAUCUUGCAUUGAUAAUUUUAUUAAUUCGGCAAAACCUGUUUCGACUCCAGUUCGGGAAGAUUUGCAAAAUGUUGUUGUUGCAAGUACCUCUUCGUCUUCAUCCAUUUCGAAUAUGUCAAAUGGAAAUGAAAGGAAACUACCAAGUUUCUGGAUUCCAUCACAAUGUCCAAAUGCUGGAUUGGCAAAGGCUAAAAAACCAGAUCCAACAAUUUAUUGUCCCGUCUCAAUGCAGCCUUUAAAAGCGAAAGAUUUGAUUAAUGUGAAAUUUACUUUAAUCGAUGAAAAGGAUAAAAAAGCUUUGGUGGCUAAAGAGAAUCGUUACAUGUGUCCGGUGACGAGAGAUGUUUUAAGUAACGCGGUUCCAUGUGCAGUUUUGAGACCAACAGGUGAUGUUGUGACGAUGGAAUGUGUAGAGAAAUUGAUUAAAAAAGAUAUGAUUCAUCCGCUGACAAGUCAGAAACUUAAGGACAAGGAUAUUAUUCCAUUGCAAAGGGGUGGUACUGGAUAUGCAAUUACAAAUGACAAUCUACAAGCAAAGGAACAUCGUCCAGCAUUACAAGUUUAACGAAUUUUUAUUAUUUAUAUUUUUUUUCAAUAAAUGUCUUGCAUGAAAGAAAUUAAAAUGCCUUUAGUUCAAAAUAAACCGCUAAUAAAAAAAUGUUUUUAAACGAGAAUAAACCACAUAAUAAAGCUAAAAAUUUCGAAUUAA